AUGACCGCUCCUUACAAGGUUGCAGCUGCAAAUAUUCUACCCCUCCAACCGUUCAUGGCCUUUUGCGGCACAUUUUCGGGGCCGCCGCACGUAGAAACGAAUUGGGCCACAUUCCAAAGAGGUACAAAACCACAUAAGCCAGGGAAAAACAUAAAUACCAGUGCCACGUACGCCCUAGGAGUCCACCAGACCCCCACAUCCACACAUCCACACAUGGCAUCAUCAUCCCUCUUCUCCCAGCUGCAGGAGAACUCUAUCGGGUCCGCCAAUAUACGACCGUUCUACCUGUUCUCACCAACCUCGAUGGACUUGAUUCAAGACGUGCAACGCAAGGUGGAGGAGGCUGGAGGAGAUGAAGAGCGCGGCGUGGAGCUCAAUCAUAUGGGACUGACGGAGGUGAGUGAUGGCGUGGCAGAGCUGCUGUUGCGGGUCCGCAAGCUGUCUCUCACGGGCAAUAUGCUCACAGACCUACCUCCGCUCAUGGGCCAUAUGACGCAAUUGCGGUACUUGGAUCUGAGUAACAAUGCUCUACACAACGUCCCUGCGGUUGUGACUCGGCUGACGACGCUCGAAAUCCUCGAUGUCUCCUACAACCAGGUGGAGGCUUUCCCGGAGGGCAUGCUGCGGCUCACCAAUCUCAUGGUCUUGUCGUUUUCACACAACAAGCUGCGCCAUGUGCCAUCGUUCAUCGCGGACAUGGCAGAACUGCGGCUCAUGGAGAUUGAUGGCAACCCGUUCGUGGACCCCCCUCCUCCAUGUGUCGACCCACAAGCCGAGGGAGUGCUAGAUUGGGUUGAAGAAGUCAAGGAGUGGCUGAGGAGUAAACGAAUACAACCACCUCCACAGCAGCAGUUGCCACAGCAGCAGUUGCCACAGAUACAGACACAGACACCACAACAAGUGCCACCAACACCAACACCAACACAAGCACAAGCUCCGUCAGUGCACACCACGCCUCCAGUGACACCCCUCGAAGAUGACCCCAUUUCGUCCCGACAGGCCAAACGAAUGGGCGUCAUUGUCAAAAAAUACCGAUCCACCACGUCACAUGCUCGUGGGGCGUCACAUGACUCAGCCAUUGGAGAUCCCGUCCAAGGUCAAGGCUCGUCCACGGGAGCCUACUUCAAGCGGCUGUCCACGCUUCCCGAGGAACGCAAAAACAACACGAUCGAGGCGUGUCGAAAAAUCCUCUUUGCCUUUUCUGAGAUCCUGCCAGCCAUCAAAACAUACAGCGGCUUUUGCAAAGAUAGAAAACUGGUGGCGAAAGCGGCCAAUCUACAUGGCACGUGCCAGCAACAACAGGAGGCACUACUGGCGGCACUGGAGAGAUAUGAAGAGACGGUACAGGACGCUACAGUGGAAUCUGCCGUCGUGGAAAGGGCGGGGCUCUGCGUGGGCUCUCUGCGGCGCAUUCUGGCGCUGUUGCAUUCCAACAUUGCCUUGUUUGCAUCGGCAGACAUUCGGUACACGCGCCUGAUGCUUCUGUCGACAUUUGGAUCCUUAUCCGAAGUCCAUAACGCGUGGCAUACCCUGUUUCCGCCUAAUGAGCCCGACAAGUUCAGCACCGUGUCUCCCGCAGACCGAGCGCUGUACGAGAAGCUCAUCAGUGCGACCAACUGCGCUCAAAACGUGCUGGGACAGCUGACGGAGUUCAUCUCCAAGAGCGCAGCUGCGUCUGCACACGCUGGAGGCACCAUUUCGCCUCACGUGACCAUCCUGGUGAAGGAGCUCACGUCCACGUGUGUGGCAGGAGCAGACGCGACUCGCCAAGUACGUCAGCGGCUUGACCGAGUGGCCAGAGGCGAUUUCCCGCCGCGACAGCAGUUCCUGGACACGACAUCGUACUUCCUCAAGGUGGUGAUUGCCAUGUUGGCCGCUACAAGACAGGCCAUGGACGAUCUACCGAUUCUGGGCAAUGCGUCUGCAGCUCUGGGAACCCUGACCAAGUUGACUAAGGAGAUUGCCAUUUCGCUGGAAUACAAGCCCAAGGAUAACGGCGGAGGUGCUGGAAUGGGAAUGGGUGGCAUUGGAGGUCUUCCUACUGCUACAGGGUCUACAUUUGCGCCCCCAACAAUGCCUGCUGUGAUUCCUCAGUUCUCACCUGCGGCGAGCGGGCAAACCACUCCGCUAGUGGCUGCCUUGGGUCCUGCAGCCAGUGUUGUUGAGGGCUUUUUCGAUCAUCACCAGGUUGAAUAG